AUGUCUGACAGUGAACAACCUAAAUGUCCGGUGGAUCAUUCCACUAGAAGCUCCUGGUUAUCCAAAUUAACCGGUGAUAAAAAAGAACAACCCAAAGCAGCACCACCUCCAGUUUCGGAAGAACCAUCUUGCCCCGUUGAUCACAAUGCUAGAUCCGUGUGGGCCAAUAGUGUAUCGGUUCAAGUAACGGCUCCUGAAGCUAUUGAAACCACGGGUACAUGUGAUUCAUCCAAGAUACCAAAUACAUUAGAAGACACAACAACUACAAAUAUAGAUCUUCCUGGAGAAAGAGAACUUAGUUCCAUACCUCGCACAUCAUCAAAUACUAAUUGGAUUUAUCCUUCCCAAAAACAAUUUUUCGAAGCUAUGAAGAGAAAGAAUUGGGAUCCUCAACAAGAAGAUAUGAAAGUUAUAGUACCUAUACACAAUUUAGUUAAUGAAAGAGCUUGGAAACAUAUAUUGAUGUGGGAAAAACCUUAUGCCGAAGACACACAACAAAAAUGUGGUGGGAUCACUUUAACCAGUUUCAAAGGAGAUCUGAAAAAGUUAACUCCUAGAGCUUGGUUGAAAAGUAUAUUUGGAUAUGAUAAACCAUUUGAUCGUCAUGAUUGGUUAAUUAAUCGUUGUGGAGUUGAAGUAGAAUAUGUGAUUGAUUUUUAUACUGGUCAAAAUAGUCAAGUUUACUUGGAUGUUAGACCCAAAUUAAACACUUUAGAAGGUAUUAAAAUGAGAUUUGGUAGACCAUUUGGAUUCUAA